UCACGCGUUCUUCCUCUUCGAUCGGAGGCGCUCCAGUUCGAAGGAUUAGGGUUUUGCGCGGACACUGAGCCUCUUUCUCAACUCUAGCGGGCUGUUCAUCGCUUGCUUCUCUCCGACAAGGAAUGGGUGGCGUAGCGGUGGAAUCGGAGGAAGAAGAUGAGUUUGAAGCUUCCGAGGAGAUGGAUGGGGAGAACGUUGGCUAUAGUGGUGACGAGUUGGAUGACGAAGAUGAAGAAGCGAGCCAGGACGAGUACGAGCAAGAUGGAUUUAUCGUGGACGAGGUAGAAGAAGAGGAAGAGCUGGAGGAUAGUGACACGGAGAGGCACAGAAGGAGUAAUAAAAAAAAUAAAAGGGAAUCGGAUAAGGGUUUUGUUCUUGACGAGGAUGAUUACGUGUUGCUCGAGGACAACAAUAUUACUGGCUUCCGUCGACCACAAGUUACUAACAAAUUUAAGCGCUUGAAGAAGACUGGAAGGAGCAUUGAGUUGGAGGGGAAAUAUGGGUUAUCGAAUGAAGAGUCAAUUGAUAGGAGUAAUCAGGAUGGAUCCUCAGCUGAAGAAAGACUUAAGCACAGCUUGUUUGGAUUUGAUGAAGUGAUGCUGUCAGAUGAUAUUGCUGAGGAAGAAGAGCACUCAGAAGAUAGGAGUGCUAUUGGAGAUGAAGAUGAAAUGGCAGAUUUUAUUGUGGAUGAAGAUGUCGAUGAAGUUGGUGACCUUGCAACAAAGAAAAGGUUGACAAAGAAGAAAUCACACAAAUUGUCAGGCAUUUCAUCAUCUGCUUUACAAGAAGCAAAAGAGAUAUUUGGUGACGUUGAUGAGCUUCUUAUGCUACGGAAGCAAGGCCUUGUGUCAAGUGCCGAUGAUGGCAGUUGUGCAGAAAAAAGAUUGGAAGAUGAGUUUGAACCCUUUGUUCUUUCAGAGAAAUACAUGACACUAAAGGAUGUGGCUAUACGAGAGAAAGAUGUACCUGAGAGAAUUCAGUUAUUUGAGGAUAUUACUGGUCCACCUCCAACGGAUGAUAAGAACAUAGAAGAGGAGAGUCACUGGAUUUAUGAUAUGCUUACUCAUGGCAGUAUCUCACCUUUAGUUGGCUAUGAUGCACUCCAAUAUAUACAUAAGAAGGAGAUUGAAAAUGUCUUGACAAUGAUACAUUUGCAAAAGCUUGAUAUUCCUUUCAUUAGCAUGUAUCGCAAGGAAUUAUGUGGUAGUCUUUUGAAGGAUCUUGAAGAUAAUAUGCAGGAUAGAGAAGAAAUUCAACACAUCAAAUGGCAUAAGAUACUUUGGGCAAUUUGGAUGUUAGAUAACAAGUGGUUGUUGCUUCAGAAGAGGUUGAUUGCACUUCGUCCAUACUAUUGUCGGCGUUUUAUGGAGGAAACCCAAAUAGUUGAUGAUGAAGCAAGACAUUCUUUUAAUAAAAUAAUUUUUCAAUCAGUGAUUUCGGCAUUGAAUAAUGCAAAAUUUGAAAGAGAGGUUGAUGACAUAGACGCGAAGUUCAACUUGCAUUUUCCUCCCAGUGAAGAAGAUACAUAUGAUAGGAAAUUUAAGAGACCAAAGAGAAAAUCAGCAUAUACCAUUUUGCGUAAAGCUGGGUUAUGGGAGAUUGCAAACAAGUUUGGUGCUAAUUCUGAAACAUUUGGGAUGCUUCUCUCUUUGGAAAAGAUAUCUGAUGAAGUUGAAGAUACUAAAGAAUCUCCUGAAGAAAUGGCUGCAAAUUAUAUAUGUUCAAUGUUUCAAACCCAUAAAGACGUGCUUAGAGGGGCCAGACAUAUGGCAUCUGUGGAGAUUGCCUAUGAGCCUAAUAUUAAAAAACAUGUGCGUGGUAUCUUCAUGGAGAUGGCUGUUGUAUCAACCAGUCCUACUCAUCAAGGAAAUCAACAAAUUGAUGCCUAUCAUCUGCUUGGAGGUGUAAAAUGGCUAAGAAAUAAGCCUUUAUCAAAGUUUGUGGAUGGUCAGUGGCUGCUUAUUCAGAAGGGUGAAGAAGACAAGUUGCUUAAAGUCACAAUUAAAUUACCUGAUGAUGUCCUAAAUAAAUUAAUAAGUGAUGCUUCUGAUUGUUAUCUGAGUGAAGGUGUCAGUAGAUCUGCAAAGUCAUGGAAUGACCAGCGGGAAAUGAUAUUGAAAGAUUCAUUUUUCACUUAUAUUUUCCCAUCAAUGGAAAAGGAAGCUCGUUCAUUAUUGACAACCAGAGCCAAGUAUUGGCUUCGUAUGGAAUAUGGGAGGCAACUGUGGAACAAGAUCUCUAUUGCCCCUUUCCAGUGGAACGACAGUAAUUCAGAGGAUGAGCAUGCAGUGAGAGUAAUGGCUUGUUGUUGGGGAUCUGGAAAAUCUCCAACUACCAUUGUCAUGUUGGAUUCAGAAGGAGAAAUGGUGGAUGUGCUUUAUGUUAAUUCCUUUAGCGUUAAAUCCCAAACUGUUGCUGAUCAACAGAGAAAGAAGAAUGACCAGCUCCAGGUUCUCAAGUUCAUGAUGAAUCACCAGCCACAUGUUGUUUGUGUAGGAGCGGCAAAUAUGGCCUGCAAGAGAUUGUCAGAUGAUAUUUAUGAAGUGAUUUUCAAGAUAGUCGAGGAUCAUCCAACUGAAGUUGGUCGAGAGUUGGAAAACAUCAGGACGGUCUUUGGUGAUGAAACUUUACCUUGCCUUUACGAGAACUCAAGGGUUUCGCUAGAUCAAUUUCCAGGGCAACCAGGUAUUGUGAAACGUGCUGUGGCACUUGGUCGUUAUAUGCAAAACCCUUUGGCUAUGGUGGCAACUCUUUGUGGACCUGGAAAAGAAAUUCUGUCAUGGAAACUUCAUUCCUUGGAUCAUUUUCUUACACCAGAUGAGAAGUAUGAGGUUGUUGAGCAGAUUAUGGUUGAUGCUACUAAUCAAAUUGGCCUGGAUAUCAACCUAGCAGCAAGUCAUGAAUGGCUUUUUGCUCCUCUACAGUUUAUUUCUGGCCUUGGGCCUCGAAAAUCAUCUUCUUUGCAAAAAGCAUUCUUGAGGGCUGGAUUUAUUUCUAAUCGCAAGGAGAUUUCUAUGGGUAAAAUUCUUAAAAAGAGAGUUUUCACUAAUGCUGUUGGAUUUUUACGUGUACGACGAAGUGGUGCAGCGGCUGCCACUAGCCAUAUUAUGGACCUUUUGGAUGACACAAGAAUUCAUCCAGAGUCGUAUGAACUCGCAAAGAAUGUUGCCAAGGAUAUCUAUGAUGAGGAUGAUCCAAAUGAAGCAAAGUUUACUGAUGAUGAUAUGUUGGAGAUGGUGAUCGAACAUGUUAGAGAAAACCCGCAAAUGCUUAAAGUGCUUGAUAUCAAUGAGUAUGCAAAGAGCAUUUUUAAUAGAUAUGGGACCAACAACAAGGAGACACUUUCUGAUAUAAAGAUGGAGCUUUUGAAGGGAUUUCAGGACUACCGGACACCUUUUAAAGAACCUAGUGACAAAGAGAAGUUUGCUAUGCUCUCAGGCGAAACAAAUGAUACCAUUUCAGAAGGGAGAAUUGUUGAAGUCAGAGUGUGCCAUGUAAAUGAGAAUCAAAUCACAUGUGCAUUUGAUUCUGGUGUAAAAGGAAUAGUGUCGUCGCAUGACUACUCGGAUGAAGGAUAUGAUCUUACGAAGGUGCAUAAAGGUGACAUACUUACGUGCAAGAUUCAGCGCAUCAAUACAAAUAGACAUGUGGUUUAUCUGACAUCCAAAGCCAGUGACCUGAGAAAUGGUACAUAUAAUCUUCAUAAUCGUGAUCCUUAUUACGUUGAGGGUGUGGUCAGUGGGAUUAGAAAAACAGAGGUCUCAAAGAGCAACAGACUUGCAAUGAAUCAUUUCACACCAAGGAUGAUUGUUCAUCCCUGUUUCCAAAAUCUGUCAGCUGAUGAGGCCACAAAGUACCUCUCUGACAAAAAACCUGGUGAGAGUAUUAUACGUCCCAGUUCCAAAGGGCUAUCUUUUUUGACAUUGAUGCUAAAAAUCUUUGAUGGAGUUUAUGCUCACAAACAAAUCAUAGAGAGUAAAAAAGAUCGCACAGAUAUGACAAGCUUACUCCGUCUCGGAAAGACACUUACAAUUGAUAAAGACACUUUUGAAGAUCUUGAUGAGAUCAUGGACCGAUUUGUCAAUCCAUUGGUGACCCAUUUGAGAAGAAUGCUUGGUUAUCGUAAGUUCAGAAAAGGAACUAGGAAAGAGGUUGAUGAUCUGCUAAGAGCAGAGAAGAUAGCAAAUCCAAUGCAGAUAGUGUACUGUUUUGGGGUUUCUCAUGAGCAUCCUGGGACUUUUAUUCUAUCAUAUAUUAGGAAUGCAGAUCCACAUCAUGAGUGUAUUGGGCUAAUUCCUAAGGGAUUCAGGUUUAGGAAUAAGGAUUUUGACGACAUCAACCGGCUUGUGCUUCAUUUUCAGAAGAAUAUAAACAAACCACCACUUGGUCAAUGUCCAUCUUCACGAACAUUUGCUGCAGUUGUGCCAUUGAAAAGUAAUACAUGGGCAGCUUCAGAGGGCAGCGCUUAUACAGGGGAGUCUACAGAAUCCAUUGGUGAUGUUGGUUAG